AUGAUGCUGUCGCUAUGGAACCCCAUUGAAGUGAUUGUGAUAGGCGAUUGUGAACCUAACACCUCUACGAAAGCGGCACCAUCAGCAGCCACAUAUUCGGAGGUUUUUUCGCGUCGAUCGAGGGUUGCAAAUCCACCACCACCACCCCCGACACCACCAACACCUACGAAUGCGGAACCAUCAGCAGCCACAGACUCUGAGCAAUGGAAUCCCACUGAAGUGAUUGUGAUAGGCGAUUGUGAACCUAACACCUCUACGGAAGCGGCACCUUUAGCAGCCAUAUAUUCUGAGGUUUUUACGCGUCGAUCAAAUGUUGCACAACCACCACCACCCACACCACCAACACCAUCACCAACACUAUCUCCAUCACCAACACUAUCACCAACACCAUCACCACCACCAUCACCACCAACACGACUACUACCACAACAAACGCUAGCAUCGUUUCAGGAGGCGCGCAAGAAACUUGUCGCACUGAGUGGCAUUGCUGACACUACUGCAAUCACCACAGUUCACAUCUCGCCUUUGGCUUCGGAUUGCUAUGACUACCUUAUUGGCAGUCUAUUACCGCCAAAACCAGGACAAGCAACAGCAGUGCUGCAGGCAGCACCCUCACCUGUGUCAUCAUCUUGUGCAUCUACUGUGAGGCGUUACAAUAAUUUGCGAGACCCACGAUGUCGAAAUGGGAAAUACAAUAAGGGCUACCACACGAAUUAUAGCUACAAAAUCAACAAUGACAACAUCGGAAUUGGUUUCAAUUGCAAUAAUAAUCAUUUAAAUAAUGAUAAUAUAAAAAAUCGCAAUUUUGGCUAUGGACCCGAUUCUAAUCAUGCUAAAGGGUCUCGAGGCAAGGCACCUGCAAGUGGCAACAACUUUUAUAACUCACAAUUUUCAGCCGCUCCCUUUGGUGGAGGUGGUAAUAAUGAGCCUCGAACAUAUGGUGAAUAUCGUUUGGCCAAGCAACAACGUCAGCUGGAGGCGGUAGCCAAGCAGCGUCAAUUGGAGGAAGCUGAGAAGCAACGCAAUUUGGAGGCAGCAAAAAAACAACGUCAGUUAGAUGAUGCGCAUAAGGCGUUAGCAUGUAUUGAAAAAGUUCAGCUCGAUAAUGUCCAGUUGGAUACAUCAAUUACAGAUUACACCGCAACCGCACCAAAGCCAGCGGAUAGAUUAUUUGAAGGGGAAACAGACGUAGAAGAUGCAACGGGUGUUUGUACCGCUAGAACGGCUCCUCCUGUCAAACAUACAAGGGGUAGGACAUUAAAGUGCGCUGACCCUCCAACUGGUUUAUCAACUACAACUACUCCAAUAGCAGAUACUACACCAAAUGCUGAUACUACUCCAAUAAUUAGUCCUCGAGGAAAUUCUACUUCAGCUCCUGUAAAACGUAAGAGGGGAAGACCGUUUAAGUAUGCUAAACCUACAACUGGUGUAUCUCGUAACCUUUCAUCUACUUCUACCUCAACUGCUGUCAGACGUAAAAGGGGUAGACCAGCUAUGAGCGCUCACCCAAGAACUGGUUCAUCGGCUAGCCCUCCAACUACACCUAGUUUAAUAGCUGCUACUACUCCAAUAGCUGCUACUUCUGCAUUAGCUGCUACUCCAGCGACUGCUACUCCAAUAAUUGCUCCACCAGUGGCGCCUCGACCUAAGCAGAGGGCGAGACGCAGUGAGCUGGACAUGCUUAACGAAGAUAUAGCCCAAAUGUAUUAUGCCAAUGAUGUACUGCGGGCCACAGGACGACGAGCAUGCACAACAAAGCCCCGAAAACAGUCUACUCCCGAGAAGGACCCGAGCAGUCGUCCCUUUGCCGUAAGGCGUGUUAUAAAUCGCAAGCAGAAAAUAGAGCGAUUAAAUCGUUGCCAAGUGCGUUUAUCCCGCUGUACAGAGCUCGAUCGAAUUGUACAGAAGUGUCCGGAUAAGCCAGAGCAGACGGGGCCAAUCGUUAAAAUAGAGCCGGUAGAGAUUACAAGUGUCGGGGACACCAUUGGCAUGCCACCAACUUUGCCGGAAGAGGAUCAGCUGCUUGUAAUUAACGAAUGUAAGCUUGAGCAAUCCGAGGAGGACGACCAACUAGUUCCGCAGCAGGAAACUCUUCAGACAUACGCAGAACUGCAGGUUAAGUCAGAGCCUGUAUUGGCUGCCACUCCGCGUCGAUCAAGUCAACAUCAACUGGAUCUGAGUGCCGGCAUGGGAGAAUUUUUGUGCGCAAACACGAUGCCACCGAGAAGCCGAAUGGAGGCAGCACCCUCCUCAGCGGUGAUCAAUCAGACUUUGGGGCUCGGUCUGGCCAUUAAUCGGGUGUUUAGCCUGGCGGUUUCAUCACCUUCACUGCAAAAUAUGCAUCAACAAUAACAACCAUUAUCACUUGCACCGACAAGUGUCACCAACUACAAUCUGCAACUAUCAUGACCCCCGGUAGAUGUGUCUAAAAUGUGCCACUUACCCAGAAUAUCUUUUGGCAGCGUUAAUUAGGUGAGGAUGGGAAUAUGAGGAGAAUUUGACUGUGGUGGUAGUGGUGUGUGUGGUGUUAUCCAAGGAUAUCACAAACGGAGCCAAAGGAAUACGGCUUUUUAAUUGAAGCGGUAAAGGCUAUUAUCGAGACCCCGACUAUAAGAAUACCCGUUACAUACUUUUAGGAGCUUGUAUUGCCUUAAAAAUUAAAACAACUCUUACUUCCGGUCUAUUUAAUUAUGAUAUAACUAUAAUAUAUAACUUUAAUUGCCAAACAA